AUGGUUGAGGAAAAACUUGACAGAAUACUUAUUACAGAUACUUGGCUUUCUCUUUUUGAAGGUGCAAAGGCAUGCUCUCUGAUUAGUCCGUACAGCAAUCAUCUUCCCAUCUUGAUCACGCCAGAAGUGGUCAAUACUGUUCGUCGACGACGCAGAUUCUGUUUUGAUAACAUGUGGCUCAAGGAGGUGAAUUAUAGAGAAAUGGUUAAGCAUAGCUGGGAUAAAACGAUUGGGAUGGAUGUUCUACUAAGGAUCACGGUGUGUAGUCAGGACAUUUGGAGAUGGGGGCAUGAGUAUAACAGAGACUUUCUAAGGAAAAUUGAAGGGACUAAAGCUAAGUUCGAAAGGCUUCGAACAAGAAGGGAUUCUGUGGCAACAUUUAUACUAGAACAGAGAGCCAAGGAGCACUGGUGGAAGGGAGGUGACUCGAACACAAAAUAUUUUCACAACUCAGUUAAGAUGAGGAAGAGGAGAAAUAAGGUGCAUAAGUUGCAGAAUGAGGAUGGGGUUUGGAUUGACAAUGCAGAUGCAAUUGGCAGUGUAAUGGUUGACUACUUCCAAUUGCUAUUUACUGCAACAAAAUGGUAA